UGACCGGGACUUGGAACUUUGAGAGAGGAUCAUUCAGUCCAGAGAGGUGUUCCAGAGCACAAUGGCUGACCAACUCCUUCCUCAGGCUUUGUAUUUGAGCAAUAUGCGGAAAGCUGUGAAGAUAAGAGAGAGGACACCGGAAGAUAUUUUCAAACCUACCAAUGGGAUAAUUCAUCAUUUUAAAACCAUGCAUCGAUACACCCUGGAAAUGUUCAGAACUUGUCAGUUUUGUCCACAGUUUCAAGAGAUCAUCCACAAAGCUCUCAUUGACAAGAACAUCCAAGCCUCCCUGGAAAACCAGCGGAAGCUCAACUGGUGUCGAGAAGCCCGGAAGCUUGUGGCUCUGAAAACAAAUGGGGAUGGGAACUGCUUAAUGCAUGCUGCUUCUCAGUACAUGUGGGGUGUUCAGGACACAGACUUGGUCCUGCGGAAGGCACUCUUCAGCACUCUCAAGGAGACGGACACACGCAACUUCAAAUUCCGCUGGCAACUGGAGUCUCUUAAAUCUCAGGAAUUUGUGGAAACAGGGCUUUGCUAUGAUACUCGGAACUGGAGUGAUGAAUGGGACAACCUAAUCAAAAUGGCGUCCACAGACAUUCCAGGGGCCCGAGGUCGACUUCAGUAUCAUUCACUGGAAGAGAUACACAUAUUUGUCCUGUGUAACAUUCUCAGAAGGCCAAUCAUUGUCAUUUCCGACAAAAUGCUGAGAAGUUUGGAAUCCGGUUCAAAUUUUGCUCCUUUGAAGGUGGGCGGAAUUUACUUGCCUCUCCAUUGGCCGGCCCAGGAAUGCUACCGAUACCCUAUUGUUCUUGGCUAUGACAGUCAACACUUUGUACCCCUGGUGACCCUCAAGGACAGCGGGCCUGAAAUCCGAGCCGUUCCACUUGUUAACAGAGACAGAGGACGAUUUGAAGAUUUCAAAGUUCAUUUCCUGACAGACCCUGAAAAUGAGAUGAAGGAGAAGCUACUAAAAGAGUACCUGAUGGUGAUAGAAAUCCCUGUCCAGGGCUGGGACCUCGGCACGACGCAUUUGAUCAAUGCUGCAAAGUUGGAUGAAGCUAACUUACCAAAAGAAAUAAAUCUGGUGGAUGAUUAUUUUGAACUUGUUCAGCAUGAGUACAAGAAGUGGCAGGAGAGCAGCGCACGGGGACGGCGAGAGAUGUAUGCUCAGAAUCCUCUAGAACCUUCCAUGCCCCAGCUUUCUCUCAUGGACGUAAAGUGUGAAACUCCUAACUGUCCUUUCUUCAUGUCCGUGAACACCCAGCCUUUCUGCCACGAAUGCUCGGAGAGGCGGCAAAAAAAUCAAAAGAAGCUCCCAAAGCUGAACUCUAAGCCAGGCCCUGAGGCAGUCCCUGGCAUGGUGCUUGGGGCCUCCCGGGGUGAGGCUUGUGAUCCAUUGGCCUGGAGAACUGAGGAGGCAGCUGGGGGUCCCCACUCAGCCCCACCCACUGCACCCAGCCUUUUCCUAUUCAGCGAGACCACCGCCAUGAAGUGCAGGAGUCCCGGCUGCCCAUUCACGCUGAACGUGCAGCACAAUGGAUUUUGUGAGCGUUGCCACAAUGCCCGGCAGCUUAACGCCGGCCACAACAUGGACCCCAUGAGGCAUUUAGAUCCUGGUAAGUGCCAAGCUUGCCUCCAGGAUGCCACCAGGACGUUUAAUGGGAUCUGCAGUACUUGCUUCAAAAGGACUGCGGCAGAGCCCUCCCCUAGCCUCAGCUCUAGUAUCCCUCCUGCCUGUCACCAGCGGUCCAAGUCGGAUCCCUCCCAGCUCAUGCAGAGUCUCUCCUCGCAUUCUUGCCACAGAGCUGGAAGCGAAGCCCCGUUGGGCUGCCUCUCCCAGGCAGCACGGACUCCUGAGGAUAGAACAGGCACGAGCAAGUGCAGAAAAGCCGGCUGCAUAUUUUUUGGGACUCCAGAAAACAAGGGCUUCUGCACGCUGUGUUUCAUCGAGUACAGAGAAAACAAACAUUUUGUUGCUGCCUCGGGUAAAUCCAGUUCCCCAGCCUCCAGGUUCCAGAACACGGUUCCCUGUCUGGGGAGAGAAUGUGGUACCCUCGGAAGCACGAUGUUCGAAGGAUACUGCCAGAAGUGUUUCAUAGAAGCUCAGAAUCAGAGAUUUCGUGAAGCCAAAAGGACUGAAGAGCAACUGAGGUCGAGCCAGCGCCGAGACGUGCCACGCACCACCCAGAGCUCGUCCAGGCCCAAGUGCGCCCGAGCCUCCUGCAAGAACAUCUUGGCCUGCUGCAGUGAGAAACUCUGUAUGGAGUGCCAGCACCUCAGCCAGCGAGUGGCUCCGGCGCCCCACCGAGGAGAGCCUGCUUCCGAUGAGGCCCCCAAGCAGCGCUGCCGAGCCCCAGCCUGCGAACACUUCGGCAAUGCCAAGUGCAGCGGCUACUGCAAUGAGUGCUUUCAGUUCAAGCAGAUGUAUGGCUGA